AUGGCUGAAAGCAAUCUCUUGGGUUUUUUAAACAAUGUUAAAGAUGGUGCUGUCGAGAAUAAAGAGCCUGCGAAGCCAAGAAAGCCGAAGAAGGUCACUUAUGCUAUGAUGUUGUCAUACCAAGGAAAAAACUACUUUGGAAUGCAGGUAUACCCUUUAUUUCCCCUUGGACUUCUGCCAAUUUGACAGAAUAUACAGUAAAGGACUAAAAUUUUAUUUUUUUGGGUUCAGAAACAAAAAUCGGAAGCGACAAUUGAAUCUAACCUUCACGAUGCCAUGAAGUCAAUUGGAGCCAUUACCGAAGCAGAGUGCGCUAAGCCGAACUUGUGGUGGUUCCAAAGAGCGGCACGGACGGACAGAGCUGUAUCAGCCGUUAGACAGAUCUGCUCUAUGCAAUUACCUCUCGAUCAAGACUUUAUUGACAAUGGCCCUUCGAAGAUGAAUGCUUUGUUACCUAAAGAUAUCAGAGUUAUGGGUAUCAAGAGGACUACACCUUCUUUCCACGCUCAGAAGACUUGUGAUGCUAGAACCUAUUCUUACACAAUUCCCACUUUUGCAUUUGCCGAAUUGGACAAACUCACCAAUUGGGACUACAGAAUCAAUGAGGAGAAGAUAGCCGAGAUCAAUGACGUGUUGAGUUCGUAUAUUGGAACCCACAACUUCUUCAACUACACUUCCAAAAAGUAGGUUUCUUCUCAACUUAUCAAUUACUUGACAGUCCUUAAAUCGUGAUACUUCAAACGGUAUUUUACGCUUAAUAGUCAAAAAAAGGCAAAAUCACUGUACAUUUUAGGGAUCACGAUGAUCGCAGUUGCUACCGAUACAUUAAAUCUUUUGAAUGCACGAAACCGUUUAUUUUCCACGAUGAAUUCAGAAACAAAGAUGUCGAAUUUGUGACGGUAUACGUUAAGGGACAAAGUUUUAUUCUCCAUCAGAUCAGAAAAAUGAUGGGUAUGUUUUAAAAUAAUACUUUAUUUUUAAAGUUGCAGUACCUUUUUGAUAAAAAUUAAUGUUCUUACCGUCAAGGCUGCUUUUUGUUACGUUACAGUAAAUGUGUCAGACCACAUUAAAUUUUAAAAUCAUUUUAGGUAUGCUGAUCAGUGUGAUCAGAAGACAGGUCUACAAGUCUGAUAUAUUGAAGUCUUUUGAGAGCCGGAGGGUAAGUAUCCUAUUCGUAAAGGUUAAAUUUUAAUGUUUAGAUGGACGUUCCACGAGCUCCGGGAUUAGGCUUGUUGUUGGAGAAGCUGCACUACGAUGUGUAUGAAACAAGAUUUUCGCAAUCGCACGGUUCUCUGAAUGAUUGGGGAGAAGAGACGGAGGAAGCCGUCAAAAACUUCAGAGACGAAUACAUCGUCAGCGAGAUUCUGAAGGGAGAAUGCCAGACCAACCAGUAGGUUUUACUUAUUGGUAUUGGGACUACUUUGGUGAAUGUUUUAAAAUCGCAUAAAAGAUUAUCCGUAAUUUUUGAAACAGAAAAGUAAAAUAUUUUAAAAAGUAUUGUUAAUACCUUCAGAAUGAUGCUGUGGUUAUCAACACUAGUUCAACACAGAUUUGCAUGUGAUCCACUAGACCAGAACGGCGAAAGUAAUUCAGACUUAAGAGAAGCCGCUAACGUCGCUACCUAUGGUGUUCCGGAGCCAGAAGAGCCAAUAGAUACUGAAGAAUUAAAGGCUGAACUCGCUGCCGACUCUGGAUUACCUACAGAUCCCCCUUCUGAAAUCACAGAAGAAACGGGCGAGAACGAAGAAGAUGAACCGCAAGAAAAGAAGGCACGAAUUGCUUGUUAA